AUGGUUGAAAAUUGCACUGUUAACAUCUUUAGUGCAUAUGCACCCCAGAUAGGAUGUUCAGAUGAAGAGAAAGAUCACUUCUGGUCGGACUUAGUGGAGGAAAUGGAAAAGGUACCAGCAGAUGAAAGAUGCCUAGUCGGAGGAGAUCUGAAAGGGUGCGUAGGCCAGAAUAACCAUGUGAUCAGCCAUAUACAUGGUGGGUAUGGUUAUGAUGAAAGAAAUGCAGAGGGUGAAAGAAUAGUUGAUUUUGCUGUGUCCAAGCAGCAAGAACAUCUAGUUACAUACAAAAGCGGUGGAAGGUCCAGCCAGAUAGAUUACUUGAUGUAUAAGAGGAAAGAUUUACGUGAGGUAAAAGAUUGUAAGGUCAUACCAGGAGACCAUGUGAGUGUGCAACAUCGUUUGGUAGUGAUGGACUUGGUUAUGGAAAUUGAACAAAUAAGGAAGAAAAAAAUGCAGGGGCCAAAAGGAUUAAAUGGUUUAAGCUGA